UGCGCAGUGCGCCAACGUUUUCUCUGCACGCACUACCGCAGCGAGCGUGGUGGAUGGCGUCCACGGAGGAGAGUGAAGAAUGGGCCACAGAGGAAGAAGUAGAGGUGCCCGAGGUCUCCCUCGCCACCAGCUCAACCACACUCCCUGACCCCGCGGCCUCGACCACCGAAGAAGAAGAAGUAGAAGAAGCAAUGGCGACAGCCGAGCCUCCGCUCCCGUCUUCUCAAGAAGAGGAAGACGAACUAGUGAGUGGCCCAACGAGCGAAGACGACUCAGAGCUUCUCCAGACUGCGGCCGAGACGACAGCAGGCGAAGAGCAGGAGGAAGAAGACGGUUACGAAGCGGCAGGUGAAGACGACGACCCAGAAACGACUCUAGAGCUCGAAGAAGAAGAAGAAGAAGAAGUGGGAGAUGAAGGAGAGAGAAGCGGCGAGUUUGAUGAAUCGCAGGAGGCGACUGCCAGCGCUAGCGAGACUGGGUGGGACUCGGACGGCGAGCAGGAAAGAAGUCUCGAAGAGAUGCCCGAGCCGUCGGCUCCCCAGCAGGUAGAUGUAGGAGGAGAGGGGCGGGAGGAGGAGAGGUUAGUGACGCAGAGGGACGAGGAGAUAGAGAACUACCAGUCCACGGUCAAGGAGCUCACGACUGCAGUCAUUGAGCGGGAGCAAAAAAUAGAUGUAAUAGAGCAGCAACUAGUCCAGGCAGUUGCCGAAAAAUCAGAGCUCGAAGAAAUUGCCACCACAUACCAGGCAAGUGCGGAGCUUUAUCAAGAGCAACUGGAGGAAUCUCGUAGAAUUGCCGAGGAGACCAGGGCUAGACUGGAGGGGGAGUUGAACGAGGAGAGGGAGACCAGAGCCGACGUGGAGAGUGACCUUCACUUGACAAAGAGACAGUUGACGUCAACGCUGGAGGAGUUGAAAGAGGCUCAGGAUAUGGUGGCCGAGCUGAGAAAACCGCCACCCGAUGUACCCGGAGCCGACAGACAGGAACUACUCAGACUACUUGACAGAAGGCAACACGAGAUCAGUCAGUUGUCCGAAGAGUGGAGACGACUGGCGGGCAAACUGGAGACCACGUCUGCCGCCAAGUCUCAGAUUCAAAUCAGGAUGGAGGAACAGGUGACCCAGGAGGCGGCUCUGAAAUUGAGGGAGCAGCUCUUGUCUCACGAGAAGGAGCUCGUUCGCAGCCAGAACGAGUGGCUCUCAAGAGAGUUGGAGGACAAGUCGGAGCAGCUGUUGAGAGUGAAGAAAGAGAAGGCCACAGUUCUAGCUGACUUGGAGGCCAAACUAGCAUCGAGGGAGCGAGAGGUGGCCCACCUAACCAGGGAGCUGGAGGGCGUGGCGUCGUCAAAGAGAGAGCUGGAUACGAAGGCGGAGGGAUAUCUGGCAAAGAUGAGGCUCUCCCGAGAAGAACAGGCAGCUGUCGAGGAACAGCUCAGAAAGAACUGUCGUCACAGCCACAGUGACGAGGUCGAGGAGCUGUCGUCAAAGGUCGUUGCCUUGGAGACGGAGUUGUCGAGGGCCAACGACCUCUUGGCGGCUUCCAAGGGGAAAACCCUGUCGUUAUCAGAUGCAGAGAUCUUGUCCCUCUCUCCCUCGGCCUCUCGAGCCAGCGCCAUGAUCAAAUCAGGUAUGACACUCACCCAGAUCUACUCGCAGUAUGUGGAGGUGUCUGAAUCCUACGAGAUAGAAAAACAAGAGAAAGAACAGGCAAGUGGCUAUCUCCAACACGUCCUCGACGAGCUGGACGAGAAGACGCCGGCACUGCAGCAACUGAGGAGGAACUACGAGACGGCCAUGAAGAACUGCGACCAGCUCACUGCACAACUCACCUCAACUGUGGAGGAAUGUGAAACUCUGCGUAUGGAAUCCGAGGAGGCCCUGCAGCAGUUUAGACUCACAGACAGAGAGAACAAGAGACUCAAGAGCCUGACUGGCGACCUUCGACGACAGGUACAGACUCUGCUGAAGGAGUGCGAGGAGGCACGAGGGGGCGUGGUCACCUCGUCACAUGACCUGUCACGUGACAUUAGCAGCCACGACAUCUCUACCUCUUCCCAGGUCAUCUCUGCUCAUCUCGUGACCUUCAAGAGUAUAGAGGAACUACAGCAGCAGAACGAGAGGUUGCUGGCGGUGGUGAGGGAAUUGAGUGAAGAACAGGAGAGAAAGGAGAGAGAGACCGUCGACUCUCACACCAAGGAGCUACAGUUGGAGCUGGAGACAGCUCUCCGGGAGGUGGAGGACCUUCGAGAGGGACGAGAGAGGCAGAGAGAGAUGGUCUCGGCCGUCGUGCAACAGAGAGACAUGUACCGCACCCUCCUCGCUCAGUCAACACCGUUGCCGGGGGAUACGACCAUGGCAAUCGACGGGAGUGGACGAACCCCUCUGAGAACGAAACCUCUACCCACGACGACCACCCCCGUUUCCAUGGUAACGAGUCCGAGAGAGGACGUUGUUGCCGUGGAUACGGAGGCGGCGGGUGCGUUGAAAGAGUUGCGUGAGCAGUUUGAGACGUACAGGAGGGAGAAGGGGGCGAACGAGGGAAUUCUGAGACAGCAGGUGGAGAGUCUGAGGCAAGAGGCUUCGGCUCUACGAAUGGACAAUGUCAAGAUCGCUGCCAAGACGCGAACUGGACCUCCUGCGAGACAAGAACACGCAGUUGGCCGAGUCCCUCUCUCGUCACCAGGCAACCUGAGUGCCACGACGACGGAGCUCCUGUCGUCACGGGAACAGCUGGCAAAGGCGGAGGUGUCGCUGAGCAGUCUGCGGGCGGAGUACGCCAGUCUGCAGCAGAGAGAGAGGCAGGCCAGGAGCAUGUAUGAGGAUGUUCUGAGAGAGAGAAAGGAUCAGAACGUACUUCUAGUCAACCUGCAGAGCAUCCAGAACAACCUGGAGCGGUCUGAGUUUGAGACCAAGACCCGUCUGGGGACCCAGAUAAGGGGGCUGGAGAGGGAGGUGGCAGUGUUGAAACAGCGACUGUCCAGCGAGGAGGAGAGGAGGGGGAAAAUGAUGGACGCCUACGAGAUGCAGGUGAAGGACCUGAGGGAGAGGCUGGACUCGACCGGCGUAGUCACUGAGAGAGACGGAGACGAGGCUGAGAGAGAGCGAGGAGAGAGGGAGGGAGAGAGGAGAGGAGGCCGAGAGGCUGCAAACCAGGCCAAGGAAACCGCUACCAACAUCCAAGAACUGAAGGACAAGGUGAUACGCCUCGAGCAGGACGCGGGCUCCGAGUUUCGACAGAGGAUCAACAUCCUCCGCGACAGCUGGACUCGGCCAAGACCCGAGCCGACGGACUGGAGACGCAGCUGGCAUCGUCACGGCAACACGCGGAGCAGUACAAGGAGAUGA